AUGGCCUCGCGAUCCCCCUGGGGCCUGGUGCGAGGCUUCAAGGCUGUCCCUCUUUGGUCCGCACAGCCGUCACGCGCAUGCAUCUCAAGCUCAGCAUGGCUUCGAAAUGCACAAGGGCCAUCGGCGACCCUGUCACAGGAAUCUGCUGCCGCUCCUCAACAGAACAACAGCUCGCAAAUCCCGCAAGCGCCAGCGAAGGAAGGAAAACCAGAGAUCAAUCCUAGAUUACCUCGGAGCGUCCAAGCAGUCUACCUGAAACCGUUGCGACGACACGCCGAGUACGGCUUGCCAUCCUGCGAUCUUCAAUUGCGGUCGUAUAGCGUUCGCAAUCUCGAAUUCUUCUGCGAUUUCGCCCUUCGAGCCGCUUACUAUUUGAAACUGCCGGCCUCUGGCCCGGUUCCGCUUCCACGAAUCACAGAGAGAUGGACGGUACCAAGGAGUAAUUUCGUCCACAAGAAGAGCCAGGAAAACUAUGAGCGAAAAACACUACGACGAUUGAUCCAGAUCCAAGAUGGCCACCCGGAAACUGUCGAGUUAUGGCUUGCAUUUUUGAGGCAACAUGCCUAUUAUGGUGUAGGUAUGAAGGCAAAUGUCUGGGAACAUGAGAAGCUUGGCUCAGCAAGAUCUCAAUCAGAACUUCCCGACCCAGUGCCCGAGUCUAAGUGGGCUCACUUUGGCCGUAAGAAGUCGCGCGAGACCUCGGAGAAGGUCCUAGAGAUAAUGAACCGAGAAGGUUAUAAAAAGGCUGCCGAGGGCAACAGUGCCUUCAGCUGGAUUAAUGUUUAA